AUGGAUGGUCAAUCGAGUUUCAAAGAAAUUCUGAUGUGGCAUAAUGGUGAAUGGGAUGUAGAUGAGGACUUAGAUAACUUGGGGAAGAAUGAGAUGUUGUUGGAUGGUGUUAAUCCUGAUGAUCAAAAUGGUGCCGAGAAAAUAACUGAUGUUACACUUGAAAUCCGGGAUGAUGGAAAAACAAAUUUCAAGCUUUCGAAUCAGUUUAAAGAAAAGGCCUGGAAACCUUGGAAGCAAUCGUUAAUUAUUAAGCUCCUUGGGAAGAAAGUCUUGAUCAAUUUCUUAAGGAAGAGAUUGGAAAACAUGUGGUCGAGGGAUGGAAACGUUUUCGUCACAGAUAUUGAAAAUGAUUUUUACCUCGUUCGCUUUGAAAAAAUUUCUGAUAUGGAUCAUGUCUUAACUGGAGGUCCUUGGAUCAUAUUUGAUCACUAUUUGGCCAUUCGAUCUUGGGAACCAGAUUUCAACGCAUACCAAUCUUCAAUCAAUAAAAUUACUGCGUGGGCAAGGCUGCCGAGGUUUCCUAUUGAGAUUUGUGUGGAGAUUGAUCUCAACAAGCCUUUAAAAGCUGAAUAUUUGAUUGAGGGCCGAUAUAAGAAAGUAGAGUACGAGGGGCUCCACCUCAUCUGCUACUCGUGUGGAAAGUAUGGUCAUAGGGCUGAAAUGUGUAGUAAUAAGGUGUUGCCAACGGAUCUGAAUAGUGAUAACAGGAGAAUGUCUCUGGAGAAGGAUGUUUCAAAUGAUAACCAGGGUGUUUCGCAGGAGGGGGAUGAGAAUCAUGCAGGCUAUGGACCUUGGAUGGUUGUUACUAGAUCAAAAAAAGGUAGGAUGGUUCCUCGGAAUGAUGAGGGUGGAUUAGGCAAGGGGAAAAAAGAUUUGUUAAGCCAAUAG